ACCAGUUUUCGUGUAGCUUUUCCGACGUUAUGACAUGUUAACGGUGAAUUAUAGAAAUUAACGUUAUGAAAAAAAUAAUAAAUAUAUAAAUAAAUACAAUAAUAAUUGUUUAAAAGGAAAUAUUUAAAUGUGUUUAUUAUUGUUAAAUGUUUAAUUCAAAUAAAGAUACAAAUUUAAAGAAGUAAAUAUAUAUCUCAAGUUGAAUAGUGGAAAAAUUUAAGAAAAUUAAAUAGUAUUCAAUAAAAAAAUAAGAAUAUGUUAUAGUGUGUAAAUAAUGUGUUACAACUCUCCCACAUAGUAAAUAGCAAAAAAAAAAAAAGAGAAAUGUUAGUCAAAACAAGUGGAAAUUUUAGUUGUUGUUGGUGAAAAAAAUCAAAAAGAAAUAUAUAAUAUAAAUAAAAAUAAAGAAAUACUUAUUUAUUAUAAAGAAAAUAAUAAUAGUAGUUAAAUGAAAAUAAAAACAAAAACGAAGUACAUCAUUUGCAGUUUUUGGGAUUCCAAAGGGAUCAAAUAAUAAAUUAAAGUCAUAAAAAUCAUUAAGCAACAAGGCAUACAGUAACCAACACAAGCACACAAACACAUAUUAUACGGUACGCCUUUACAUACUUAACCUCAAACUAAGUUGUAAAAAUAAAAUAAGAAGCUAAGGAGAGAACCAGCAAAAAAAAUCGACAACAACAUAAUAAUAAACGAAAUGCUGAAACUGAAACAUUCAAAAACCAGAACCCAUCUCUGGCUCUUGGCCCCCACAUAAUCCACAGCAAAAUUCCAUCAACUGCAAAAACUAAUUUACGAGCAAGAAAAGCAAAACAACAACAAAAAAUCCGAAAUAAAACCACAAAAUGUUUAUAAAAUUUUUUAUUGGAAUAACUUCGAAUCUACGUUCCAAGUGAGUCUCUCUCUCACUCUCUCUUUGUGUGUGUGCGUGUAUCUCUAACAUCGUUUCAAAGUGGCGCCACAGGAAUUUCUAUCGUUACUCAUUCGUAGACAAAGUCAAGUGGCAAAAAUGUUAUUUCGAAAAUAUAAAAACGCUAAUGCAAUCAUCCAAUUAAUGCUCAAUGUUUAACUCUGAGUGUGCGUUGUUGUUGUAUGUGUCCAAUAGUAAAUGUCUCAAUAACCCCACAAUAAUACAAACAAAAGCAAAAAAAAACUAUGGCUAACAACAUGACUUACUAACAAAUUCUAACAACCAACAACAGCAACCGUCAAAAGCGACAGUGAUAGCAACAACUGAGUUUUUUAUAACCCAGCUGCAAUAGAGAACCAAUGUGAAAAGCUUCAAAAUUUGGGGAAAAGGAUUUUGUUGUUGAGUUUUCCUUUUUUUCUCCAAAAAACGAAAAGAAAAUGUUUACCCAAGUUAUUUACAAAUCAUCUAAAAAUAGUGCCAAACCAAAAUAUGUUGUACCUGAAAAUUGUAAAAUUUGAAAGAAAAUGCUAAACGGAACCAACACAAACAAACAAAAAACAAAAUGAUUUUUAAAUAGUGAAGUCAAAAAGGCAAUUUCCUUUGGAUAAAAAAAAAAACAAAAAAAAAAAAGAACAAAGCGGAACAGAAACACAGCCAAAAAAAAAACGGCAACACAAGCGUAACUAAGCAAAAAAACUUUUAAGCCUCCCAAAAUUCCUCGCCCUCCCACAGGCAAUAGUUGUAGGUAGUACCGAAAACACAUCCCUCUCACCCCAUUGACGAGAGCACAAACAUUUUCAAUUUGUGCUCCAUUAGAAACAAAUCCCCUUAAAAGUCCUAACAACAACAACAGCAGCAAUAGAAGCAACACGAAAGCAAAACGAGUAAAACUCGAAAAAAGGAUAUUUCACAAAUUGCUUUGAAAACCAUUUGCCUCAAAAAAAAGAGAGAAGAAAAAUCCGACACUCUUACACACACACAGACACAUAGUUGCUAUGGCGGGCCCACAAGUACAACGUCCAGCCAGCGCCUACUAUACUGGCUUAAAUGGCUCAUCAAAUGGCGGCCAAGCCAAUGGUGGUGGUGGUGGCGGUGGCGGCGGGGGUUUAGUGACCAGUACAUCGCAUCACACGGGAUUGCACACCAUACGCACCAUAUCACACGAUAGUGAAUUAAUCUAUCGCGGCAGUACAACAAAUGCCUCGAAUGGUACACACUUGACACAACAACAUGCCAGCAGCAACAACAACAACAAUGGAACAAAUGGUGGUGGUAUUGGCAGUGGCAGUGCAGGCGGUUUGAUGGUUGCCACCUCCUCUCAGACGUCACUACAUCAACAUCAUCAUCCACAUCAUCCGGAUACAUGUGCGGCCAGUACCAGCCGCUCUGUGAUCCAACAACAGCCCGGACCCACCUCAUCAAUAGGCAGCAUAUCUGGUGGUGGUGGGGGUGGUGGCAUUGGUGUCGCCGAUAGUAGUACAAUAAAUAUUGCCUCCAUAGCUGGCACUGGCCAGAAUCCUAGUGAUGCUUUAAUUGUUCCUGUGACAACAGCCCUGACACAAUCCUCACACCAACAACUGCAGCAACAACAUUCCUUUCAAGCUUCCAAUCGUGGCAAACAGCGUAGCAUAGAAAUCAUUGUCGAUGCCUCCAAGUGUGGCGAUCUGAAGAGUGAAGACGACGUGGAACAGGGUAAAUCGAGACGUUCAUCGCGGCAUCGUCAUCGACCGCUGCACCGAAGACUGAUGAGCUAUUUGAAGAGUUUCUUCAAUCGAAGUACCACACAGACGGAUUCUGAACUAGAAGAAUUUGAAACGCCGGCACGUUAUCGGCCCGAUUCACUGGGCGCCUUGAGUCGUGCUACCCGCUUUACAGAGGAUGAAAUCAAGCGAAUUUAUCGCGGUUUUAAGGCUGAAUGUCCCACGGGUGUCGUCAAAGAGGACACUUUCAAACUGAUCUAUGCGCAAUUCUUUCCCCAGGGAGGUUCGUGCGCAAAUCCAACAUUAUAUGCCCAUUAUGUAUUCAAUACACUUGACCAGGACCAUACGGGAAUUGUGAGUUUUGAGGAUUUCGUUCAAGGACUUUCGAUACUGUCGCGUGGUUCCGUCGAGGAGAAAUUACGUUGGACUUUUCAAUUAUAUGACAUCAAUGGCGAUGGCUACAUAACACGGGAAGAAAUGACUGAUAUUGUGACUGCCAUUUAUGAAUUAAUGGGACGUCUGCCCGACGAGCUGCCCGAAGAGGAGAAAAUCAAAGGCAAAGUGGAAAGAAUAUUUCAGAAAAUGGACAUAAAUCGUGAUGGUGUGGUGACACUGGAAGAAUUUCUGGAAGCUUGCCACAAUGACGAAGCCAUCUCGAGAUCAAUGUCAGUCUUUGAUUCUGCAUUCUGACCAUAUCCGCCCAACGAAUAUGAAAUG